AUGGAAGAUACAUCUAAAAGAGGAAGGUACAAAAAAAGUGUUUUAUCUUCCACAACCUCUUCUAUGCAUGGUUGCUAUACUUGCAAAAAGAUAUGUGGCUCUCAUCACAGUCUAUUGCCCUCCAAAACAAACUCAUGCUGCUGUUGUGUGUGCCUUAAUGUUAGUAAUUCAACUUUGGGACAUGGGAGAUCAAAGGAAGCCUGUGGAAUAUGUCGUCCAGUGAGGAAAAUUGGAGCCAAAUUGUUCAAACUUGGUCAUGUGGACAGUUCCAACAUAAAAGAUAAUUUGCUGAGUUGGUCAUUAGAUCCUCCAAUGCCCUCUUCCUCAGCCUUGCCUAGAACUCGAAGACAUAAUAAACGUGCGGUUCUAUGUGGAGUUUCUUACAGAAGAUGGAAAUUCAGGCUCAAGGGAACCAUUAAUGAUAUUAGUAACAUGAGAGAACUGCUGAUUAAGAAUUUCAAAUUCCCAAACGAGUGCAUACGAGUCCUCACAGAACAAGAGCAGAAUGCUAAUUUAAUACCAACGAAACACAACAUAUUGGAGUCCCUAAGGUGGCUUGUGAAGGACUGUCAAGCAGGAGACUCGUUGGUCUUUUACUUCACUGGACACGGUUUGCAACAACCAGAUUUCAAAGAAGAUGAAAUUGAUGGGUUUGAUGAGACACUUUGUCCUGUUGAUUUUAUGAAAGAAGGAAUGAUCAUUGACAAUGACAUAAAUUCUACCAUUGUUUGGCCACUCAAGAAAGGUGUCACACUUCAUGCUAUUGUUGAUGCUUGUCAUAGUGGAACCAUUCUUGAUCUUUUGUAUGUUUAUAGACAUGAAAGUGGCAUGUGGGAGGAUAACAAGCCCCCCUCAAAAGAACCUAUCAGAAAACAUACAAGUGGUGGAUUGGCGAUUAGUCUUAGUGCUUGUGAAGAUAGUCAGACAGCCGCUGAUAGCGCAGUUUUUGGUGGAAAGGGAAUGAAUGGUGUUCUGACUUAUCUUUUCACAAAAACAGUCAGAGAAUACCCUGAAAUAACUUAUGGGCGUCUCCUAGAAAAGUUGCAUGACGACAUUAAAAAGCUUAACCGAAGCAGAUGCAAUAACCGCAUAUUGCAGCAUAUCUUCAAUCGUAAAAUUGCACAGGAACCUCUUUUAUCGUCAUCAGAGAAAUUUGAUGUUUCUACGACAAAAUUCAUAUUGUGA